AUGGCCAGUAAUUGCCAUCAAUGUCGAAAUAUCGUAUUCACGCCCGGUUCGGAUCAGCUGGGCUCGGACAACGGCCUGGAUGACUUCGGAGCACUGAUACAUCCCGAUGUCGCGACGUUAAAGGCAUGUGCAGAACAGCGUAUAUGCCGGCUAUGUGUCGUCCUGUACGGGAUGUUCGAGCAUCGAAGACUUUUCGGGCCAUCAGAGCGGCAGUCAUCUAGUCUGCAUGGGAAAUAUUUGAAAAUCUGUCUCUCUCUACACUUCGGGGGAUAUGCAGAAUCCGAUGAGUGGGAUUUCUUGGAGGAUGGGAGACACAUCGAAGAUACUCCGAAGGAUAUCGUUUUCUCACAUCCGCUGGGCACAGACGAGAUUUGCAUUCGGAAUCCGCAGGUUAUCGCCAGAUCAGCAUGGAAUGACAAAGAGAUCGGAAAUUUGGACUCAGGCUCCAAAGCAGACAAUCUCAAGAUAUCCCCAAAUCCAGGUCCUACGGACAUCUCGACAAGUAGUGAGGAGACCUUCAGGCUAGCAAGACUUUGGAUCGAUAAGUGCACUAAGACGCAUGAAAAUUGUGCAAAACGUUCAUCGUCGACGAGACGGGUUCCGAGGCGGCUUCUCGAUGUUACUUGCGUCGUGGACACAUCCAGUGGAGCAGUACAUGUGGUCAAUUCCGCAGAGCGCAUGUCCCAAAGCUCAGAGAUACUACAGUAUGUCACUCUCAGCCACCGAUGGAACCCAAGUUACAACUGCUUUACCUUUGCAUCGAACAUACACAUACAUGAGAAGCAAGGCAUUGAGAUGGCUCGGCUGCCGAAGACGUUCGCGGAAGCUUGCGUCACUGUCAAGAGGUUGGGCUUAAGGUAUCUCUGGAUUGACUCCUUAUGCGUCAUCCAAGACUCCAAUGCAGACAAGGCAUUGGAGAUACCCAACAUGGCCGACUACUAUCAAAACGCCGACCUGAACCUCUCAGCAUCGGCGCAGUCGACUGCGGGACUUUGGUCGGAGCGUGACGGCGAGGCUACAAAGCCGUUCAAGAUCAACGCUGCGCUUGACCUGCCGGAAGGGAGGAAACAAGUCACCCUUGAGCUGGCUCCAGUCCUCCGUGCGGACAAGUCCCAUCUUGAUUAUCGAGGGUGGAUUCUACAGGAGAGGAUCUUUCCUCGGCGAACACUUUUCUUCGAUCCUUACUGGAUCUCUUUUGAGUGCAGCCAGAUGAGCGCCUCGGAAUCAUGUCCUGAGGGGAUGGACCUGACAGCUUCGUCCAACCCGGUCACGAUUGAAACAGUGAUGGGCACUCAGCUGGACAGAGACUGCUCGCUCACCAUUAUUGGGGGCAUCAUUCGUUCAGUAGAUGCCAUGGGUGAGGCCGAUGGGCUGGCCACGCGGAGACAAAUGCUCAUAUUGUGGUACCGAAUCCUCAACGAAUAUUCCCUCCGGCAGCUCUCCUUCGAAUCAGACCGCCUGGACGCAAUCUCAGGUCUAGCGGAGCGGCUCUCGCGCAUCACAGGCGACGAGUACAUCGGCGGGAUGUGGAAGGGCAACCUGCUCGAGUGCCUGCAGUGGCGGCCCGACACGCAGGACCGGGGCAAAGAGGCCGUCCGCCAGACGCACCGGCGCGCCCCGACCUGGUCCUGGGCGAGCUGCGAGCUGCUGCCCCGGUCGUCCUUCUCCCGGCGCUCGGGGAGGCUGCUGGUCACCAACGACUACGCCACACGGUCGAAGAGCCUGGCCGCGAUUAGGAUCCUGAGCGUGAUGUGGCAGUGCGAGGGUCCCAACCGGUUUGGAAGCCUGAGUGAGGCCAGCUUGACGGUCCUGGGACGACCUCUCCGGGGGCAUGCGUAUUCGGGAGGGAACGGCCUGGGCUUCGACGUGGGCCAGGUGACGAUGGAUGAGGACAUUGAAGAGCUCCCGGCACUCAAGCCGAGUAGAGCAGAGGGGAGUCAAGGGUCCCAGAAUCGACAAUUUGUGCUGGUUCGUGGAAAGACGAAGUCGGGGGAGCGGGCGGAAAUGGUUUCUCAGGUGAUCCCCGACACUUCAGAUCAGAAGGUGGAGGGUUACGUUCACCUCCUGCCAGUUGCUGAGAGCUGGGUUGUUGGCGGCGGUGAUAGACUAUUUUGCUUGAUUUUGAAGGAGACCAGCCCGGGUGUAUUCGAGCGCAUCGGGUCAGCAUUAUCUCGGUCCUGCUAUGUGAUCAAGGUGCCAGAAAGAGAGAUAAUUCUGGUCUGA